AUGGCGACAAAUCCUGAGUCGCCGUUACCCAUACACAACCCGCCGCCGACAGCCAAUGCCGCGCCGCAACCCGCUCCUCCAGCGCAACCGGUGCAGCCCGCGCAGCCUGUCAACCAACGACAGGUUGUACAGCCGACACCGAGGACACGGGAUACCUUCAACAGUCAGGCGCUCGGUCGUGAGACCAAUGCCCGUGUUAAGCAGGCGCGCGUCUUGAUGGUCGGAGCAGGCGGCAUUGGCUGCGAGCUGUUGAAGAAUCUUGCUUUGGCCGGUUUUGGAGAGAUUCACGCUGUAGACCUCGACACGAUAGACCUCAGCAACCUCAACCGACAGUUCUUGUUUCGACAUGAGCACAUCAAGAAGAGCAAGGCAAAGGUGGCAAAAGAGGCUGCGCAGAAGUUCAAUCCGAACGUCAAGAUCGAAGCGCAUGAGGCCAAUAUUAAGAGCUCACAAUUCAACGUCGAGUGGUUCAGGUCUUUCGCCGUUGUUUUCAAUGCACUUGAUAACCUAGAUGCGCGAAGACAUGUGAAUCGAAUGUGUCUCGCCGCCGAUGUCCCGCUUAUCGACAGCGGAACUACUGGAUUCAAUGGCCAAGUGCAGGUCACCAAGAAGGGCGUUACCGCGUGCUACGACUGCGAACCCAAGGAUCCGCCAAAGUCGUUUCCUGUGUGCACCAUUCGCAGUACACCCAGCCAGCCCAUUCACUGCAUUGUGUGGGGCAAAAGCUAUCUCUUGAAUGAGAUUUUCGGAACAUCGGAGGAUGAGUCGGCAUUUGAUCACAGCGCAGACCAAAACAACGCUGAAGAGGUCGCCGAACUGAAGCGAGAGGCUCUUGCGCUGAGAGCGAUCCGUGAUUCAAUUGGAACAGACAAAUUUCCCCAGAUGCUCUUCGACAAGGUCUUCAAAGCGGACGUUGAGAGGCUGCGAUCAAUGACGGAUAUGUGGAAGGACAGGAAGCCGCCUACUCCACUCGACUUUGAAACAUUGAAGACGAAAUCGGCCGCAGACCUCAACAGGGCAGAUGCUAUACUUAAAGAUUCUCAAAGACUGUGGUCGCUAGAGGAGAACUUUAGCGUCUUCAUUGACAGCCUCAGCAGGCUGAGCAAGCGGAUUCUCGAGCUGAGGAAUAGCAAAACGCCCGAAAGCCCAGAGCCCAUCAUUGAAUUUGAUAAAGAUGACCAGGAUACCCUUGAUUUUGUCGCAUCGAGCGCCAACAUUAGGUCUCGCAUAUUCGGAAUAGAGGGUAAAUCUCUCUUUGACAUCAAACAGAUGGCCGGCAACAUCAUUCCUGCUAUCGCAACAACCAAUGCUAUUGUGGCUGGACUGUGCGUCCUAGAGGCUUUCAAGGUACUCAAGGGCCAGUACGACGCCGCCAAAGAGGCGUUUUUGACUCCCUUCAGAGAAACGGGCCGGAUCGGCAUCGAUCGCCCACGAAAGCCAAACCCAGACUGCCCUGUCUGCAGCGUGUUCCAAGUCAGCGUGACAGCUGAUCUAUCACGUGCCACUCUCGAUGACCUGGUUGGGUUUGUCAAGCAAGGCCUGGGCUUUGACGAAAAGGAUUUUUCGGUUCAUGUUCAAGAGGGGAAGGACCUGAAAAUGCUUUAUGAUGUCGAAGAGACAGAGAACUUGCCAAAAAUGCUGACUGAGCUUGGUGUCUCGGCUGACAGUUUUGUCACAAUCAUGGAUGACGACGAUAAUGGGCUGGUGAACGUGGCUAUUCUUAUCGAAGCAUCAAAAACCACGGAUGACAACUCCAGUGCGAUCCAAGCAUUACAUCCUGAUAAAAAGCUGGACAUUCCCAAGAAACCCGCUAAGAAACCACUCCAGCCGCCGACCUCAAAUGGGGCUGUCGUAUCGAACGGCACAGACCUAACUCUGGAGGACAGCACUGAGAAGACGCAGCAAAACCCCAAGCGACCUCGCGAGGGCGGGGAAGCUGAUGAAGAUGCCAACGGAAGGGAGCCGAAGAAGGCCAGGAUCAGUGGCGGAGAUGAUGACGUCGUCGUAGUUGCAGACGAAGGUGGUGCCUUUGUCAUUUCAGACGACGAGGAUUGA